UGUACAUAUAAAAAGUUUGACAGAGAAUAAAAGCCCCGCCUCAGUUUUACAACCUAUUUCCAUGAAUGCCAUGGUCCACGUUCCUUUCACAUCCAUCCACGGCUGAAUAAAUGGAUAGUUUCAAAAGGGAAAAACUAUGGCCAACUCAUGUUACUCGAUUUCUUCCAUGGUCCGCAAACAAAAAUUAAGAAACCCUCCACCAUCUGUUUCGCUUCCUAAUCCAAAUUUGAUAAACUUUUCUUCAUCAAAUACAAAUUUUUUUUUCUCUUGACAACGCUUCAACAAAUUAGACUACGAAAAGCUUUACAGCUUGAGACACCUGUUAUUAUUAGACAAAUAAUUUCUUGGAACGUUAAUAAAAUCUUUCAAUCUGUUUCUGUUGUCGGUUUGUCUAUUUUCUGUCUCUUUUCAUUGGUUUUUUACCGCAGAACAUUCGUCGGAAGCCAACGAAAUUUCCCUAUAAAUCUCCUAAAUCUUCUCUUUCUCUCUUCUUCAAUCUUCCUCUCACUCACCCAAACAGGUGAAGGCAAAAAAAAAAAAAAAAGAAACAAUAUUAAAGAAGAACGAUUUUAGAAUAAGCUCUCUGGUUUUGAACCCUGAGGAAACAUGGGAGGUUGUGCUACCAAGCCUAAGGCUUUGAAGGAUGAUGAAGGGGAGGUCCCGGUACCAGAUCCUGAGCCGACGAAAGAGCCUGUCCCUGCGGUUCCUGAAGCAAAGGAAGCUGCUGAUGUUGCUACAGAAGGUGAAAAGAAGGCGGAAGCUGAUGUUGUUAAUGAGAUUGUUAAGGCCAAGGAGGUUGUUAAUGAUGACAAGGUUGAUGAUCAAGCAAAUAAGAGACAAUCUCUUAGUAACUUGUUCAAAGAGAAUGAAAAGAAAGGGUCAGCUGAGAGUGAUAACACACCAUCAGAGCAAACCAAAAGUGAAUCACUGGAGUCAGUGAAACAAGAAUCACUGGAGCCUGUAAAAAUCGAAUCACUGGCGCCUGUGCAAAUAAAAUCUGUGGAGCCUGUGAAACAGGAACCAGAGAAGCAGGCACCAUCAGAUACUACUGAUAAACUAAAAGAGGCCUACGUGACUAUGGAUCAGGAAACUAAGGAACCUGAAAAGCCAACUGAACAGACCUACAAGCCAGAGCCUGUGUCUGUUGCUCCUAGAAAGAUUGAAUCAGUACAAUCAAUUGAAGCCAAACCAGCACCCGAGGCAGCAGCAGCAGCAGCUGUGAAUGUUCUUGAGACAAAAAACAAGGAAACAUCAGCCGACGAUAAGAAAGGGAAGAAAGAAGUAGCAAAGUGAAGUUUGAACAGUAAUGAAGUGUGAUAUACGAAGAAUGAAAAAGACUGAUAUAUUGUUGGCUGGAUAAAAUACAUUUGCUGUUUACUCUACGAAGUAAAGCUGCUAGAGAAAUUGUUGUAAGAGACUAGUAGUUCGCUUGUUUUAGGCGGCUUCCGAGUGCACUUGUUUUUGCUAUUCUGAAAUACUUAUUAUCUUUCAUCUGAGUUUGUUUUCGAUAUUUUCUACUUAUUCAUAUGGACAAAUGGGAUUGUUAGAUUGAUAUAUGAGCAUAGAUUUUGUUUAUGUACCAGAACACUGUUUUUCUAACCACUGCGAGUAUGAUCAAUACUAUGAACUUCUAGCAGCUAUGCAUUAGCUAGAAACUGAAAUAAAAUGCUGAGAGAUGCUUAA